GCCGGCCAGGGCCGACCCGGCGGGCCUGGCUCCCGCCCCGAACCCUCCGCACGGAAAGGCGCCCGCCGCCCUUCGCGGCUGCCGCAGCCGGCGAAGAGCCCUCAGGCCGCGACCUAGUGCUGGGCCCGGGUCCGGUGGAGCCGCGGCCGCCGCCUCACCGAUUCGCCACUCACCGCCCGGCCGUGCCUUCCCGCUCCUGCCGCCGCCGCGGCUGCCCCCGCCCCUGCCUGCCCGCCGCGGAGGCGCGCAGAGAGGCCGGCGCGGGUGGCAGGAGGCGGCUCCGGGGGCCGGCGCGGCCUCGGUCGCUGCGGGCGGGGAAAGGGGCCUCGCUGCGGGGAGGACCUCGCCUGGCACCGGCAACAUGGCAGCGUCCAGCCGGGCCCAGGUGCUGCGGCUGUACCGGGCCCUGCUGCGAGAGAGCCAGCGCUUCAGCGGCUACAACUACAGAACGUAUGCCAUCAGAAGAAUAAGAGAUGCCUUCAGAGAAAACAAGAAUAUAAAGGAUUCUGAAAAAAUAGAAGAACUAGUGAAUAAAGCCAAAGCAAACCUAGAAGUUAUUCAUCGGCAGGUUACUAUUGGCCAGCUGUAUUCCACGCAGAAAUUGGUUAUUGAGAGUCCUGGAAACACAUAGCUAUGAGAAGACUCUGAUCCUGAAGCAACACUGGACCAUGUUCAGCAUCCUACAGUGCCACAUACAGAUGCAUAAACUCACUGCACAUGUCUGAGCUUUUCUGUUCAGCAGAAGAAAUGCCUGAGAGACUCAGUUUUUGGCAACCAAAGUACUAUUUUCUAAUGGUUCACAUGUUCUAAAAUAUAUUGCUGUGAUUUAUAAUAGCAUGUAAGGUAGUCUUUAAAUCUGUUUGCUUGUAUGUCCCUUGUAAUGAAAUAGUUCCUGCCCUACUUUGACAAUAAAACUUCAUUAAACUACCUGUAACCAGA